AUGCCACCGAACCGUUGGGGUCGGCCACCGUCCCUCAGCCCCACUGAGGCUCACAAGGGGGAACUCAUCCGCUACAUAAAAAAUGAAAUUCACGACAAUAACCAUCUCGGCCUCCUUGGUGAAGAGUUGGACAAUAUGGCGAACAUGUUGGCAACGUGUGGUUCGAAGCGUGAAGUAUAUGAGUGGUGCCAGACCCUCAUGGUCGGAGAGGCGAUGGCUGCCGAGGUCAUAAAAAGGCGUACCAACCAUGGGCCACGAUUCGAAGGUGAACCCACAGAGCAGAAAAACGCACCUGCAUCUGCACCUGCCGUGAGCCGUAUGCUAAAUUUAUCAAGAAAUAAGGGUACGAAGAAAAAAGGUACUCCUGCUGCUAAAGGAGGCAACAGCAAAGCCACAGCUGCUUCCACGCUCAAGCCAGGGUUUUCCGAAUGUGGUUGCUUUGCCACGGAACACAACUUACGUGGAAACUGUGCGAACUGUGGGCGCAUCAUAUGUGAGCAAGAAUCAGACGAAGCAUGUUAUAAUUGUGGGUUAUCACCAUCAACGUGUGUUGCGUAUGAGAUUAAAGUCCAAGAGGGCCGUUUAACCGAGGCGGCACAGGAAAGGGACCGGGCAACGUAUGAGGCAGCUGUGUCCAGGCGUGAUGAACUACUGAAGUAUGCGGAAACUCGUGCCAAGCGCACUAAGGUUAUUGACGAUCAAACAGCUGUAUUCUUUGCGCCAAAGAAUGCGUGGAUGACCGUCAAGGAGCGGGAAAAGGCCGAAAAGGAUGAAGCACUCGCGGAGCGACAACGGAAGGUAGCAGCGAUGCACCGCCACACCGGGGCGUAUUCUGUGCACUUGGAUAUCAUGAAUCAGAACGUGUCGCUUGGGUGCCCGGCGCCGCCCGGGCCCGGUCAGUGUCUGAAAUCGUCUUCUUCAUCUACUUGUAGCUCGCAACUUUCCGACCCAAAUUUUGACGAGUGUAACAUUGAGGAAGUGGAAGAGGCACGUGCAUUGCCUCUUCCAACGCUUAUGCAAAAGAUAUGGUACAGUUUAGACGGCUCGACGGGGACUACUUGCUUUGCUAAUGCUAACGGUGCCACUGGUGUGCAAGAUAGUAAACCGGAGGUUCAUACCACUCAUGAAGUUUCACGUCGUGUGCAACAGGACUACUAUGAGGACGACGCACAAUUCUACCGUGAUCUGCAUCGUUUCCAACAAGAAGAAUAUGCCAGAACCCAGUCUGUUUGUGUGGUAGAAACUGAUGACAUUAUCUGUGACGAUACUGAUGAAGCGGGGCAACAGUCUAAAGAUAAUUUUGUGUCGGGCGUCACGGAACCUACCGAAGCAACUUCGGAAGGUAUUGUUCUUUCUGCAUUAGUUCCAACACCUGUCAUGCGCAUGAAUGACAAUGGCACUUGUCUCUCCCUACACCAACCGUGGGCCGGGCUCCUUGUCGCUGGCAUAAAGGUGCAUGAGGGCCGUGUGUGGAGCACAGACUAUCGCGGCCGACUUUGGAUUCACGCAGCCUCCUCACAGCCACACGACAUCAGAGAAGUGGAGGAGAAAUAUGCUAAAUUUAUGGAACCCAAUCAAAAGUUUCCCGAACAUUACCCGACACGUGUAUUACUGGGUUACGUGUUUCUCAUGGACUGCAUGGAUCGGGAAAGGUAUGAGGAGAAUUAUACGCCUGAACAACGACAAGAGGAGUCCCCCUUUUCAUUUAUAUGUGCUGUCGGUAAAACACUUCCUUUCCCACUUCCGAUGAGUGGUAAUCACAAGUUGUUUCGUUUAGACCGUAAAUUGCAUAUAGCUGCCAGGAAGCAACUUAUGGAGGUGAACUAA